UCUCUCUCUCUCUCUCCUUCCUCGGUGGAAAUGGCGGGCGUUUCGACGGCCCUCGAGAGCCUCGACGACCUCGCCUGCACGCAAUGGGAAGUGGAAUACUCGCGCUUCUUUCACUUCCCUCGCCAGAGCAUCUCCUCCUCAUCGCCGGCCCUGCCGGAGGGGCUCCGCCCGCUUCCUAAGGGCAAGAUCCGCUCCAGAGGCACCUGGCUCACCGCCUCCUCCACGGCCAUCCUCCUUCUCAGAACCGACUCCACCUACCCCAUCCCCGUCCUCUCCGUCAUCCUCUCCCGAGCUAUCCUCGAAGAGCACUUUGUUUCAAAUCUGAGCUUCUCCUGGCCUCAAGUGUCCUGUGACUUUGACUGCCCUAUCAGGGGAAGCAGAAUAGUGUUCGUGAGUUUCAGGGAUUGUUCCAAUCUGAUUCAGAAGUUUGCUAUAAGGUUUUUGACUUCGUCAGCUUCAGAAAGUUUCUUGAACUCAGUGAAGGAAUGCUCAAGCGUUCAAGCAAGUCAUUUUUUUUGUGACAGUUCAUCUCUAUCUAAACCCAUGGCUUCAAAUGAACUUCACCGGAGGGCUGAUGAGGAGUCAUCCUUGGAAAAAUCUGUUGCAACCUGUGAGGUUGAGGUGCCAGCCUUGACUUGUAAUGCUUUACAGCAUGAGCAUCCUUGUCAACCUAUCAUUCCAACCAAAACAGGAUCUGUUUCCUCUGGCCUUCCUCGUAGCUUUAGUCAACUACUAACUGAUUGCUCGAUGGAUUCUGAGAAAGUGCAAACAAGCCCAACAAGGCCUACAUUGGCAACCAAUCUCAAUUGUCAAAAUGGGGGUGAUAGUCUGGAUCCUUCUUUCCUUGGAGUUGAGAGGUCUGAAGAACAAUCAAAAGUUGCUGAUCUCAGAUCUCAGCUUGCGACCUGCAUGUCAGAUGCUUCUUUUGUCGAUAUGCUUUCCAAAAUUGAAAUGGUCAUCAACGAGUUGGGAGGCGAUUUGUCACUGUGAAAUACUCGACGAGUUAUAGCCCUCUAAAGACCAAGCCAAUGUAUUCUUUUCCUUUCCUGGCUGAUCUCUAAACAGUGAAUAGCUGAUGUGGGUGCAAAAAACUUGCAACCCUCUUUCUUGUUUUUGUAAAUAGACAAAUCUAAACAAGAAGCUAGGAUUCAGGUGUUGUCAGUCAUCCAGGCACCAAGAUCUUGAUAUCAAAAUAGUUUUGUGAAUGCACUUACGUGUCCUAGUAAAUACUUUGCA